CUAACGCUAGAAUUUAGGUCCCGCCAAGAAAGCAGCACCGAAAAGAAGGCCGCUUCGCUCUUCUACCUCGCAAUGCCGGCCGACUUGGACGUACAGGAGACUCCCGCGCUCCCCCAGGAAAAGACCCAUGCCGCCUCCGGCUCUUCCCCAUGUCACGGAGAGUUCCAGUAUCUCCAGCAGGUCGAGCAGAUCCUGCGCUUCGGACACAAAAAGGAAGAUCGGACCGGGACAGGGACUCUCUCCAUCUUCGGGAUGCAGGCGCGGUACAACCUCCGAGAUGAUUUCCCAUUGUUAACAACUAAAAGAGUAUUCUGGAAAGGAGUACUUGAAGAGCUACUUUGGUUUAUCCAGGGUUCUACAAAUGCAAAAGAACUUUCUGCUAAGGGAGUUAAGAUUUGGGAUGCCAAUGGUUCUCGGCAAUUCUUAGACAAACAAGGAUUUUUUUCUAGAGAGGAAGGAGACUUAGGUCCUGUUUAUGGCUUCCAGUGGCGACAUUUUGGAGCUGAGUACAAAGAUAUGAAUACAGAUUAUACAGGACAAGGAGUAGACCAACUACAGCAAGUUAUUGAUACAAUCAGAAACAAUCCAGAUGACAGAAGAAUUAUAAUGUGUGCUUGGAAUCCUAAAGAUCUUUCUGCAAUGGCUUUACCUCCAUGCCAUGCUCUCUGCCAAUUUUACAUUUCAAAUGGUGAACUCUCUUGUCAGUUGUAUCAGCGUUCUGGAGACAUGGGACUGGGAGUUCCUUUCAACAUAGCUAGUUACUCACUUCUUACUUCAAUGAUUGCCCAUGUUACAGGCCUGAAGCCUGGUGAAUUUAUACAUACAUUAGGAGAUGCUCAUAUAUAUUUAAACCAUAUUGAACCCUUGAAAAUACAGCUUCAGAGGCAACCAAGACCUUUCCCCAAGCUCAAAAUUCUUCGUAAAGUGGAAAACAUCAAUGACUUCAGAGCAGAUGAUUUUGAGAUAGAAGACUAUCAUCCACACCCAGCGAUUAAAAUGGAAAUGGCUGUAUAAUGAACUUUUUCUGCGACUGUUUUAAUGUUCACCCUGGAGUGAAUGCAUUUAAGCAUUUGUAUUCACAUCUCUCAAAAGGUCAAAAACUGUUUUUAAAUGUUCGGUUUUCGUAUGAAGCUUAGAUCUGCAGUAGACUAUUAUAUAUGCAUCAUGCACUGAGCAUAUAAAGGGUUUCUGUAGUUUGGAAUUAUCCAAUAAAUCUUAUGUGUUGUAAUAAAUGUUAGAUGAAAUCUUAAGGGAAAGAUGUACUGCAUCACUCAUUUUUCAAGCUAACCUGCCAAAGUUCUAAUAGGAAAAUACUGUAGA